AUGGUGGCUGCCAAUACAGUUGAUUUCUACGCUAAGGCAAACUACGAGAGCCCGGCGAAAACCGCCAAUCUCAGAGAAGUCGAGCAUCAGAAAUUAGGAACUAGCUAUCUCUCCGGCAAACUUGGAGAUGGAACGAAGCUACUUGUGUGGAAUCACAGCGACUACUCCGAUAGCAAAGAAUUGCACAGCGACCAGCCAAACCUCCCAGCCGACAAACACGUGCAGUGUUAUCAAGUCCUUGCAGGCACCACUUCUGUCGUUAGGGUCCGUUUUAAGGAUGCCACUGGCGGGGAAAAGGGUCAAUAUUCUCUUCUAUUGAAACUCGCCCAAAUUGGUGAUGUUACAGUCUGGUCAGACGAGUCGGACAAAUACUCGAUUGCCGGUACUAUUCCCCGGGAUGGUACAAAGGUAACAACCGCCUUGUAUGUCCGGGAUAAGAAGAGUGGUGUAUAUGUUGUCAUCGGAUCAAUCUAUUUUCAAUGGGACAAUGACAAGCAGAAAGUUGUGAUUUUGGAUCAGGAAGGCUGGCCGAAGAACCAGCUCAAGCAUGAAGACGAUGGUGACAACAAUUUUACCAUCACCUUGAUUUCGACUACGCAAUAA